GACCCGGUGCGUUGCCGCGCCGCGUUUUCGCGUGCACGCAUAUUCGGCCUACGGUUUGCCUACGGUAUAUAAAAGCGGCCGGGGCGAGACGACCGGGUUCAGAAUACUCGCUACGCUCGAUCCACGCAUCGGGUGGUGGACCCGCCGCCUUCGGUUCGAGACAGGAAAGGGACAGAGAGAAGAGGGCACGAGGCACCCGUGCUUCCUUCCACCCGCUCCGCUCGUCUUCUUCGAUUUCAAUUUUCAGAAAGAGAGAGAGAGAGAGGCAGGAUGAAGGUAACAGUGUUAUUCCUGUCGAUCUCGUUGCUGGUAGCCCUGUGCCCGGCAACCCCGUUGACGGAGAAGCUCGACAAGAUGAGCGUGCUCGAGCAGCAGUCCGUGACGCUAACGGAUCGGGCCAAGUACGAGGAGGAGCUUCUAAGGAAGCUCAACUCCAAGUGCUCGCAAAACGACAUGAGCAGUUGCGUGAUGCUCAAGCUGGUCACGUACAUGAACAAGCUGCUGAAGAAGGCGUCCAUCAAGUUGACCGACGACAUCGAGAUAAGAAAAACGAGCCAAGCGUCCGAGGAAGUGAUCACGUUCGAGGCAGGGAGGAGCAAAGACGAUGAAUCCGAGGUCCUCGACCUCGUCGCCAACAAGGUGUACGCGUUCGUCAAGUCGAGGAGCAUCAAAUGGAGGAUCCUGCCCGAGGACGACGUAGUGGUUUCCGCGUCCGAGGAUGAGAACGGAUCCUUGAACCUCGGACUCUCCAUCGAGAGGGCGGAUAACGUUCCCGUACAAGAUGGCCGUGGCAAGAAGAACAACAACAUGGGCCCGUUGAUCGCGGCUGCUGUGCUGAAGAUCGGUCUGAUCGGAGGUCUCGCCUUUAAAGCGCUCGCGCUAUUGGUCGGGAAAGCGUUGCUCCUCUCCAAGAUAGCUCUGCUGUUGGCCGGUAUAAUAGGCCUGAAGAAGCUCUUCUCCCAGCAGAAACACGUGACGUACGAGGUGGUCGCCCAUCCUCAUCACAGCUCCAGUCACACGUUCAGCUCGGACCACGGCCACGGCGACAGCUACUCGAGCGGUUGGGCCAGAAGUUUCCACGGCCCCCAGGAGCCCAUUUCUGGUGUUCAGGGCGACGCUGCCCACGAGCUGGCCUACUCGGCGCACACCAAGUAAAAAGAAGAAGAAGAAGAAGAAGAAGAAGAAAAAAGAGAUCCCAGUGCGACUCGGUUGACUCGAAAUUUUUCUCGGCCAAAAUUUUCCACAAUUUUUCUUGCCAACACGCUCUUCUUGCCUCUCCAUUUCCCUUCUUCCUUAUAUCUUCGUUUAUAUCUCGUUUUUGUUAUCCAUUUCUUCUUCAUCUCUCUCUUUUGAAACGAGACAACUCUUUGCUGUUUGACCGUAGACUUGGACAGAUCGUGACAGAGUUUGGACAGAGUUUCUUUAAAAUAAUUUUCAAAUUGGAAUAUGUUGUGUUUACAUCGAUAUUUCCAUCUCUCUCUGUUGAUACAAUUUUUAUUCGCGCCAAAAAAUUGGUAAAACCUCCUCGUUUUGUUUUUUUACUUUUAAUGCCGCGUUUUUCGACGCUUGGCAGUUGAAUUAUAUACGCGAAUAUAUAUA